AUUGUAUCCGACAGCCGACUACUUAACCAAAUAACCGGGCUUAUAACCUAAUAAAUUUUGUUGUUUAAUUAGUGAAAAUUAUUGAUUUGACUUUUUUAACUUUUUGAGUUAAGUUUAAAAUCCACUAAGCAAAACAGAAACAUGGCUUCAAAAGAAGGAGAUAAAACUAAAUCAAGUCAAGGUGGUGGCGAUAAUAAAGAAAAACGUAGAAAAGAAUCUAUUUUAGAUUUAAGUAAAUAUCUUGAGAAAUGUAUUCGUGUUAAAUUCGCUGGCGGACGGGAAGCGGCGGGAAUUCUUAAAGGAUACGACCCUCUAUUAAACUUAGUGUUAGACAAUACAACAGAAUUUCUUAGAGAUCCAGAUGACCCAUAUAAGCUUGUGGACGACACAAGGGCAUUAGGGCUUGUGGUGUGCCGAGGCACAUCUGUAGUUUUAAUCUGUCCAAUGGAUGGGAUGGAGGCAAUACCAAACCCUUUUAUAACACAAGAGUGAUAAAAAUAAUUAUUUUUAAACUUUAAUAUAAUAAGUAAAUGCUAAGACCUUCGAAAA